AUGCUAAGAUCAACUCAGGGCUCGCCAGUAUCUCCACUGAAAGCAAGUGAUGGACCUCCUGAGUCACCCACAACAGCGCGUCCCCUGGACUUUGAUAGUGACCAAGAGACGGGCACCAUAUCAACUCCCACGAAGACGUCGAAGCCAGAAACACUUCCUACCCUCCCGCCCAAAGAUGACGCAGCACCGCCGGCAAAGCCUCCGCGACCAUUGAGUCCCCGAGAACAGGCUGAAAUGACCCUCAGAGAGGCCUUCCCCUCCAUUGAUGCUAGUGUAGUGCGAGCUGUUCUUACAGCAAGCGGUGGAAACAUCGAACCGGCCUUUAAUGCGCUCCUCGGCAUGUCAGACCCAGAUUCACAACGAGAACCUGAACCACCUGCCAGACCCCCUCGGCCCUCUGUCCAGCCGCCCUCUACCACGCAGAUGAGUCAGCUGGAGGCAGAUGAGCUAUAUGCACGACAACUAGCAGAGCAUUAUGAAGGUGCAGAUAGACAGCCGAGAGGACGUCGUGAAUCCGGAGGACGAUACAACGAGCACCUGCAAGGCUCAAGGGUUGGACGUCCAGGUGCAAGCCCGAAUGCGGAUGAUGUCCCGUGGCGGAGUUUUAUUGAUGAUGACUUGCCUGAAAUCCGCGAUAACAUCAAGAAAGGGUUUAUUGAGACUCAGACCACUGUGAACAAGUGGUUGACGGCGUUCAAGAAGAAAUUGGAUGGGGAAGACGAAGAUGAACAAUCAGAACAGCCUCCACCAAUGCCACCACGACGCAGUCGCGAUAUGCGUCGGAGUGCUGACUUACAACGUUAUGAUGCAGACAUGCAGCCCAUUGGAGAUGACUUUUCAAAAUUGGAGCUUCGAGAUGGUGAAGCACCACCUCGUACAUCAAGCAGGCCAUUAGCCAACCCAAAUUUAUUUAAACCCAGCGAACGACGUUCACCGCCAGGAUCGACGCGCAAGGUAUCGUUCCAAGAUGGGCCGCCUGAGGAGAUUAGAGAUAUGUACUCUGCCUCCCCAAAGCCUGGCAACACUCCCAGCGCAGCGGCCGCACCAGGAUCAGGAGGCAAGACGAGCAAAUGGCAACCCUUGACCUCUAUAGACCCGAGUCCAGUGGCGGAUAACGACCCAUUUAGUCUGGGGGACAGUGACGAGGAGAAGGAUGCGAAGCCAAUCACACUAAAAGACGAUGAACCGCCAAAGGGUGAUGCCAAGGGGGAAGACGAGCAAAUAAAGAAAGCUACGGAUGAAGCCAUGAAGGAAAAUAUAGGCGCGGGAAGCAAGUAA